CUGUGCUAUGGAAUAGAAGCAGGAGGGUUUUCCACCAAGUGACAGUCACUGAGCUGAACUUACCCCCUCCUCCUUUCCACACCUGCAAAGCCUUUUGCCUGGGUUGAAUAUUUAGUUUAAUUACAUCUCAGCUUUGAGAGCUCCUGUUGCAAAUCCCUGGAUUAAAAGGUUCUGCCUGGAGUCGAUGAACUAAGCCAUGAGGCUAGCUCUUCUCUUCGUCCUACUGCUGCCAGCAUGCUUGGCCAAGCCAUUCCACCAGCAAGGCCUCUUUGACUUCAUGCUGGAGGAUGAAGGGUCGGCCGAUAUGCCUCCAACGGAUGAUCCCGUCAUAUCUGGAUUUGGACCAGUGUGCCCUUUCCGCUGCCAGUGUCAUCUUCGCGUGGUGCAGUGCUCUGACCUAGGACUGGAAAAAGUGCCAAAAGACCUUCCUCCUGAUACAACUCUGCUGGACUUACAAAACAACAAAAUCACUGAAAUUAAAGAAGGAGAUUUCAAGAACUUGAAGAAUCUUCAUGCAUUGAUCCUUGUUAACAACAAAAUCAGCAAAAUAAGCCCAUUAGCUUUUGCUCCUCUGAAGAAACUGGAAAGACUUUACCUGUCCAAGAACAACCUGAAGGAACUCCCAGAAAACAUGCCGAAGUCUCUUCAGGAGAUACGGGCUCAUGAGAAUGAGAUCUCCAAGCUGAGGAAAGCUGUCUUUAACGGACUGAAUCAAGUGAUUGUCUUAGAACUAGGCACCAAUCCAAUCAAGAGUUCAGGCAUUGAAAAUGGAGCUUUUCAGGGGAUGAAGAGGCUCUCCUACAUCCGUAUCGCGGACACCAACAUUACUAGCAUUCCAAAAGGCCUUCCCCCAUCCCUUACUGAACUUCACCUUGAUGGCAACAAAAUCAGCAAAAUUGAUGCUGAAGGUCUGUCUGGACUCACCAACUUGGCAAAAUUGGGUCUCAGCUUCAACAGUAUUUCUUCAGUUGAAAAUGGCUCUCUUAACAAUGUACCUCAUCUGAGAGAGCUCCAUUUGAACAACAAUGAACUUGUCAGAGUACCUGGUGGGCUGGGUGAACACAAAUAUAUACAGGUGGUCUAUCUUCAUAACAACAAAAUUGCUUCAGUUGGUAUCAACGACUUUUGCCCUCUUGGCUACAAUACCAAAAAGGCUAGCUAUUCCGGCGUGAGUCUCUUCAGCAACCCCGUGCAGUACUGGGAAAUCCAGCCCUCUGCUUUCCGAUGUAUCCAUGAACGCUCUGCAGUACAGAUUGGAAAUUACAAAUAGAUGUCUAAAGUUGGGGUUCGGUUGUGUUUCAGCUAAAGUACGUGUUGUAAUAGGCCUGUUCAAAAAAUUGUUGCUAACAAUUAAUGCCAAAUACCAGAAACUUCACUUUAAAGUGGAGAUGAUCCAUUGAUGUAGAAUAAAUGAAUCAUUACAGAUGUACAAGUUCAAGUAUACCAUCAAAAAGAAUUGCCAACUGUGCUUUAAACUGACUUAUUUCAGCCUUCUUUUCCAGCAUGCUUUCUGUGGUAUUUUUCAGUUUGCUGAAUGCUACAGGUUUUCAGAUUCCACUGUAUAUGAGAUUCGGAGUAAAUAUUUGUCAAGCUAUGAUAUAAAAAAAAAAAAGGAAGAUAGUGAUUGGGGUUAUUUUUAUAGCCACACACAAAAAAAAUUGUAAAGGGAAAAAAAGACCCUCAAAUCAUCUCGAGACUUGAGAAGGUGCGAGUUACCUCCUUUAAAUUUAUUUCAAGCCCUGGAGGUUUAAAAAUACUCACUAUAACACUAAACUAAUUCUGAAUGUAUCUAUUUAGCAGAAGCAAAUAAUGUUGUUGCUAAUGUCAUUAUUUUGGGAAAAAUAAAAUAAAUUCAUAUUGUA